AUGGAGAGCGUUAAAGCUUACGAACUCUUGGUCUUCCCAUCUUCCAUCGACAGCGACAGUGAUGGCGGGAAUCCAGCCACAAUCUUCCUCGGCGCAGAGAACUUAACCUCAGAAGAGAUGCAAUCACUCACUCAAAAGAGCGGCCAUGAAUGCGGUUUCGUUCUUCCUGCUCCUGAAGACUCCAACUGUCACUACAAAAUGCGCUACUGGGUCCCAACUCAAGAAAUGGAAAUGUGCGGACAUGCCACUGUUGGCGCCAUCUGGCUUCUCCAUCAGCUAGGCCUGUUAACCCCAGCUUCCGCCGAAAACCUCCGCAUCUCCACAUUAUCAGGCAUUGUGGAGGCCCAAGUCCUCCACGAUUCAUCCCCAUCAUCCUGUGAGGUCCUCGUGUCACAACCCACAGGCACCGUACAUGAUUUACGCCACAGCUACACCCUCGAAAUCCUCUCCAGCCUCGGUCUCAAAGAAGAGGAUCUCGCACCAGGAUACAAAAUCCAGAAUGGAUGCACAUCUCGUGCGAAAACACUAAUCCCACUGAAGAGUCACGACAUUCUACAAACUCUCACCCCGGAUCCAGAAUCUAUACGGCGCGUCUGUGAUAGAGUGGGCUCGACAGGUCUAUACCCCUAUGUCGUUCUGGAUUCUGGUGCACAACUCUUCGAGGCGCGUCAGUUUCCCAGAUCGGCGGGGUAUGUCGAGGAUCCAGCUACGGGGAUUGCGGCCGCAGCGUUGUUAUUCGGGCUCGUGGAGAAUGGAAUUGUGGCUCGUGAAACGGAAAAACCUGUCCUUGUAAGACAGGGGUGGGCCAUGGGAAAGCCAUCGGAGAUUCGGGUCUGUCUUAGACAUGGUGGGGAUGGGGUGGGGUGUUGGAUUACUGGAAACGUGAACUGGCGAAGGGAACAGUUCGGGGAAUAA